AUGACUACAGUAAAAGAUUCAAUAUUCGACCUAGGCCAAUUCCAAAUUCCCCGUCCAAAAUGUAUCGGAAUGGAAUUUGUUACUAUUCGUGGGACACAUUCGGGGUUCUAUAGAAGCAUAAAUAAAAAUAUUGCACAGAAGUAUGGACUUCAGCAGCGAAAUUUCGAAGUUUCAUCAAGUAAACGACCAAGUAUUCCCGAAGAAUGGACUAAAAACAACGAGGAAAGUGGGAAUAAAAUCAAGAAUAAAAAAGAGAAUAAUAAUGGAAGCAUUCCGGAAGAAUCAGAAAAUGUUUUGGAACCUUUGCCUGAUUAUGAAGUUGAAGGGAAUGAGGGAAAGAAAGAGGGGAUGGUUACUGUGGAAAUUGAAAUGAGGAAAGAUGCUAUCGCCGUUAAUAAGAAUGAAUUGUCGCCCCCUCUUAAAGAAGAAAUGAAUAGAAUGGCCUUGUCGAGUACACACAACAAUGAAAACAAAACAAAUAUUAAUGAAGAAAAAAUAAAUUGAGGGAGAAAAUUGAAAAUUAAAAUAAUUAAUGCAAUUUUUAAAUUAAUC